AUGGAUCCCACAUUUCGCAAUAGUACAAAUUCAAACCCGAUUUGGGACUACGAUGACGUGACCCAGUAUGGUAGAAUAACUUACAUUAACUUUAUAAUACCGUUACUACUUACUCUUGGAAGUUGUUGUUUUGUUUUCUUCAAUAUCUGGUCGCACUACUACAGUUAUGACAUACUACAUUUGAAGAAAGAUGAUUUUAUACAGCAUUUAAUAAAUUUGAAAAGACAAGCGAACCGUGGUGAGAUAACAGACGAAAGCCAACAUCUUUUAUUAUCUAACUCGGAACGUGAAAAUAUACAGAAUAAAUCUUAUUCUUCUGUUAAUACAAUAUCUGAAGGAGACCUACUGAAAGAGAAACAUUUUUCGAUUGAAAAACUGUCAUUAACCAAACUUAACGGCGAACCUCAUGGUGUACCAAGUUUAAUUACUAGAAAUUUCACAGAAAAGGCUAGAAUUGUCAUAGAGUUUAUGCUUGUGAUAUCUCAACUAAUUAUACAUGCAUCAAUAAUGCUGAAUAGAAAUAAGCAUUCCUCCUAUCAUGAAGAGUUUGAUUAUAGAAGUUCAAUAAUGGGAUUAACCCAAUGGCUAUUUUUGACCAUAAUCAUAUCGUUAAGAUUAUUAAAUGUCAACCAAUCGAUAGCAGUUCUUAAUAAAUAUCCGGGAAACAUAUGGAUGGUAUCUUUUGUAUCUUAUCUUUUUAACUUUAUUGCCGCAACUAUUCCAUUCCGUUCUGUAUUAAUCCAUAGCAUCAAGUCAGAAACAAUUAGAAAGUAUUAUGUUUCUCAAUUUAUUAACGAUGGUAUAUUGUUUCUUCUAUUAUUUUUUGCACCAUUAAGAAACAAUUAUGUCAUUUCAUAUAAAACAGACAAACAAACAAUUCCUUCACCCGAGUCUACUACGUCCAUUGCAGGUUUUAUCUGUUGGACUUGGUUAGAUAAAUUUGUGUGGUUUGCUCAUAAUCAUAUUGUCGAACAAGAAGAUGUUUGGGGUUUAUCAAUGGAUGAUUAUUCUAUUUUCGUAUUGAAAAAAUUUAAAAAUUACGUUCAUUCUUUUACAAAUAAGAGAACAUUCUCUAUCAAUCUUAUUCUGUUCUUUAAAAAUUAUCUGGCAAUUCAGGCUUUUUGGGCUAUUAUUGCCAGUUUCUUAACAUUUUCUCCUACUUUAUUACUAAAAAAAAUUCUGGAAUAUGUUGAUAAUCAAGAUUCGGCUCCAGUUAAUGUUGCAUGGUUGUACGUGAUCUUAAUGUUCAUUUGUAAGCUUUUGGUUGCUGUUGCAAAUGGUCAGGCACUAUUUUUUGGAAGGAGAGUUUGUAUUAGAAUGAAGAGUAUUAUUGUCUCUGAGAUUUAUUCCAAGGCUUUAAGAAAGAUGAUCCAAACAAAAUCUACUGAAAAUAAAGAUAAUUCUCAAGAAAAUACUCCAAUACCUGAACCAUCUAACGAAACUGAUCCAGAAAUCUUAAGCGAUGCUAAAAAAGUGGAGGGUGACGAAGAAUCUACAGAGUCUUCAGCAAAAUUAGGUCAAAUUAUUAACUUGAUGGCUGUGGAUGCCUUUAAAAUUUCGGAAAUAUGUGCUUAUUUACAUUCUUUUGUUGAAGCUAUCGUUAUGACUAUCGUUGCACUUGUUUUACUUUACAAGUUAAUCGGAGUCUCAGCCCUUGUUGGUGCCGUAGUAAUUAUUUCAACAUUGCCCAUCAAUUUCAAAUUGGCAAAUAUCAUAGGUGAACUUCAAAAGAAAAACCUUCAAAUCACUGACAAACGUAUCCAGAAACUGAACGAAGCUCUUCAAGCUAUAAGAAUCAUUAAGUUUUUUUCCUGGGAAGAUAAUUUCUCAGAUGAAAUCAAUGAAAUCAGGGAGAAAGAGCUAAGAUAUUUGAUCUACAGAUCUGUUGCCUGGGUUUCGAGUUCCUUCUUUUUCUUUCUAACUCCGGUUUUAGUCACAACAGCGGCAUUCAUGUAUUACAUUUAUGUUGAAGGUAAAACUUUAACAACACCGGUUGCAUUUACCGCUUUAUCUUUGUUUAGCUUACUUAGAGAUCCAUUAGACAGACUAUCUGAUAUGUUAAGUUAUGUUAUCCAAUCAAAAGUAUCACUGGAUAGAGUUCAAGAAUUUUUAGAUGAGGCUGAUACAGAAAAAUAUAACCAACUAACUAUAGAUCCACAAGGCAAUAGAUUAGCAUUUGAAAACGCAACUGUUGGCUGGGGAGAAGGAGCACAAGAAUUUAAAUUGAGAAAUCUUAACGUUGACUUCAAGAUUGGUAAACUAAAUGUUGUGAUUGGCCCAACUGGGUCAGGUAAGACAUCCCUGUUAAUGGCUUUACUUGGUGAGAUGCAUUUGGCGGACGGGAAAAUCAUUGUUCCAUCACUAGAUGCCAGACAUGAUCUACGUAUAGAUUCUGAAGGUUUAACAAAUUCAAUUGCUUACUGUUCCCAGUCUGCAUGGUUACUGAAUGACACUGUUAGAAACAACAUCUUAUUUAACAACAAAUACGAUGAAUCUAGAUAUCAAGCUGUUGUGGAGGCUUGUAGUUUAAAACGUGACUUCGAAAUUUUGAAAGCUGGUGAUGCAACUGAAAUUGGUGAGAAAGGUAUUACACUGUCUGGUGGUCAGAAACAAAGAAUUUCCCUGGCAAGAGCCUUAUAUUCUGAUUCCAGACACAUUUUAUUAGAUGAUUGUUUAAGUGCCGUCGAUGCGCACACUGCCCUUUGGAUAUAUGACAACUGCAUUACCGGUCCUCUGAUGACCGGGAGAACAUGUAUUUUAGUUUCACAUAAUAUUGCUUUAACUUUAAGAAAUGCUGAGUUGGUUAUUCUUUUAGAGGAUGGCCAAAUCAAGGACCAAGGUGUACCACUUGCCCUAUUAGAAAAGGGUAUAUUAGGUGAUGACGAAUUAAUCAAGAGUAGUAUUCUCUCUAGGCAAGCAUCCUCUAGUAAUCUAACUAAGAAAAAUCCAAACGAUAUUAGUAUGACUAGUUUAACUGCCGCAUUGAAUAAACAGAUAAACAAACAAAAGAGUGGCGAUUCAAGUAAAAAGAAUGCAUCUACUGAAAGUAAUGCCCAAAAUGAAGAGAAUGGUAAACUAAUUCAAAAGGAAACUAAAGCCGAAGGUGUUGUUGACAAAGCUGUCUAUCUAUGGUAUGCCAAAAUUUUUGGUGGCUGGAAAAUUAUCCUAGGGUUAGCCUCUUUAUUUUUCCUAUGUCAAGCAGCAAAUAUAUCCGAGGCUUGGUGGAUUCGUGAAUGGGUGACUAAAAAUACCGUAGUUACUUAUUUGACACCUGUUACUUCCAUGAGCAAAUCAAUGAUUCCAAAUGGCUUCAAUCUAAGACCAAAUAUUAAUCAUUUGUUAAACAAGUUAUUUUCAAUUAGUGGUAAUACCAUUGAGACUAAAGUAGUUGCAAAACAUUCCACUCGUUAUUACCUAACUAUAUACUUCUUGAUUGGUUUGAUUGAAGCUAUUGCUGGAUGUACCAGAACAUUCUGCAACUUCCUCGCAGGAAUUAAUGCCUCCAGAAGAAUUUUUAAGAAGUUAUUGAAUAAAGUAUUGCACUCUAAAUUAAGAUUUUUUGAUUCGACUCCGAUCGGUAGAAUCAUGAAUCGUUUCUCUAAGGACAUGGAAGCUAUCGAUCAAGAUCUUGCUCCAUAUAUGAAUGGUGCUUUCUACUCUUUGGUAGAGUGUGUAGCAAUUGUAAUCCUUAUUACCUUUAUUACACCGCAAUUUAUAUCUAUUGCCAUUUUGAUUAGUGUUAUGUACUACUUAAUUGGUUAUUUCUACAUGGCUGGGUCUCGAGAACUAAAGAGAUUGGACUCGAUCACAAAGUCACCAAUUUAUCAACAUUUCACUGAAACUUUAGUCGGUGUUACCACUAUUCGUGCAUAUGGUGAUGAGAUUAGAUUUAUUAAAGAAAAUUUAUUAAAGAUUGAUGAAAACAAUAAACCAUUCUUUUAUAUGUGGGUUGCCAACAGAUGGCUAUCAUUUAGAAUCGAUGUUGUCGGUGCAUUUGUUGUAUUCGGUGCAGGUAUCUUCAUUUUGUUGAAUAUAAAUGAUCUGGAUUCUGGUCUAGCUGGUAUUUCCCUAACUUAUGCUAUUUCUUUUACAGAGGGAGCAUUAUGGUUGGUUAGAUUUUAUGCGGAAGUUGAGAUGAAUAUGAAUUCUGUUGAAAGAAUUAAAGAAUAUAUGGACAUUGAACAAGAACCAUACCAAUCGACUCAAGAUGGACACAAUAUUGAACCACCUACCAAUUGGCCACAAGAAGGUAAGAUCGAAGUUAGCGAUGUUUCCCUGAGAUAUGCUCCAAACUUACCAAAAGUCAUCAAAAAUGUUUCCUUCGUUGUCGAUCCACAGAGUAAAGUCGGUGUUGUUGGGCGUACAGGUGCUGGUAAAUCUACUAUCAUUACAGCUCUAUUUAGAUUUCUGGAUCCCGAGACCGGUUAUAUUAAGAUUGAUAAUAUUGAUAUCACAUCUAUUGGUUUAACUAACUUACGUCGUGCAUUAACCAUUAUUCCACAGGAUCCAACUCUAUUUGCUGGUACAAUUAAGAGUAAUUUAGAUCCAUAUAAUGAAUAUCAGGAUAAUGAAAUAUUUGCAGCUUUGAGACGUGUUAAUUUAGUUACUCAAGAAGAAUUAAACUCCCGUUCAAAUGAUAUAACAGAUGUUGUUGAUAGUGAAACAGCAUCUGUAACAUCUGAGAAUGUCAACAAAUUUUUAAAUUUAGAAAGUAAUGUCACUGAAGGUGGUGGUAAUUUAUCCCAAGGCCAACGUCAACUGUUAUGUCUUGCUCGUUCUUUGUUACGUUCUCCAAAAAUUUUACUUUUGGAUGAAGCAACUGCAUCCAUUGAUUAUGAGUCUGAUGCAAAGGUGCAAGAAACUAUUAGACAAGAAUUCAGAGGGAGUACAAUUCUAACCAUUGCCCACAGAUUAAGAUCUGUUAUUGACUACGAUAAGAUUUUGGUUAUGGAUGCUGGUGAAGUAAAAGAAUAUGAUCAUCCUUACUCUCUAUUACUGAACAAAAACAGUAUAUUCUAUAGUAUGUGCGAAAAGAGUGGUGAGUUAGAGACAUUGAUUUCUCUAGCAAAAGAAGCUUUUGUUAAGAAACUAAACUCCAAAUAG